AUGGCGAGCAUUUCAAUCAACGCACCCGGCCUGAGUAACGGCCUCUUAUACAACAAUGGCGACAACAAUGCGCGACUCUGUAUUACGGCCGAGACCGGUGAAUUUGACCUCGAGACGAUCAAGAAUUGGCAGGAAGAGGGAUAUGAUGUUGUCUAUUUACCACUGAACGAGGGCGGCAAGGACUAUGAGGCCCGACUACGAAGUGUCAAAGAGGGACUCGGCGUGGGCGAGAACUAUGGAGUGAUCGCAUUCGGAGAAGCCGCCAGCUAUUGUCUCGACUACUACAUGAAGGGACAGAACUGCAGCAGGCUCUGCUGUCUAGUUGCCUACUACCCAACCGUCAUUCCCGAUACUCGCUGCCGUUUCCCCCUCGGACUAGAGACCCUGGUUCAUCUCGCCGGUAAUAGCGUGCAGGUUACGACCACCCCGACUGCACUUGGAAUUCAGGGUAAGAAACGUCGCGCGACACGACCAGUCAACCCGGGUAUUGGAACAGGCGAACGCCUUCAAUUGGCAUACCCAACUUUCACCUACGAUUCCGCACAACCAGGCUUCGCAGAGAACGAUAUGGAAGAGUUCAAUCACUUAGCCGCAGACCUCGCCUGGACGCGGACAAUCAAGGUCGUGCGCAAGGGAUUCUCCCGGCAUGUGGAUCUGGAGAAACGGUGGGAGGAGCACCAGGAGAAUAAAUUCUUCGCUUCCAACUUGAACAAUACAAUGGAUGCAUACGUCAAGCACCGAACUCCGGCGGUUACCUAUAGCUCGACACUAAGCGGAGGAAUCGGCACACAGGCUCUACGCCGCUUCUACGAACAGUACUUCCUCGGCAAAUUACCCACCUCUAUGCGAAUCCGUCUUCUAUCCCGCACGACAGGCGCCGACAGGAUCGUAGAUGAACUCUACAUCUCAUUCCAUCACACCUCAGAAAUCCCAUGGAUGCUCCCCGGUAUCCCACCAACGGAAAAGCGUAUCGAAAUCAUCCUGGUCAGUAUAGUCAGCUUGCGAGGCGGCCGCCUAUCCUCAGAGCAUGUGUACUGGGACCAAGCAAGCGUGCUAGUGCAAGCAGGCCUUCUAGACCCGAAGCUCGUGCCAAAUGGAGUCCACGGCGUCGAUAGAUUACCCGUUGUUGGACGUGAAGCCGCUCGGCGUAUUCUGCAUGAAGAUCCGGAGCUCGAGCAGGAGGAUUAUCAUAAUCGGAUGAUCAAGAGGGCGAAUGCUCGAUCGAGGAGGGCUUCGACUGUUGCUUCGACUGUUGCGGAGGAAUCUGGAGCUGAGAAUGGAAAUGGUAGGCCGAAGGGGAAGUCGGUUUUGGAGAGGCGGCCUCCUAAGCUUCAGCGGGCUAAGCCGGAAAAGACCGAGAAUGGGGAUGAUGAGGGUGCGGCUACGGAGACUGAGUCUACGACACCUUCUAAGGCUGAAAAUGGAGAUCACAAGGCUUAUGUGGAGGAUGGUAAUGGUGAGGAUGAUAAUGGUGAGGAUGGUAAUGGUGAGGAUGGUAAUGGACAGGAGAAGUCUUAG